AUGCAAGGGACCAACCGCGUCAAGACUGUCCUCAACCAGGGCGAACGACCUGCCUUGGGAGUUUGGCAGAUGCUACCUGGUAGCAAUCUAUCUCGCGCCUUAGCCCGAGCUGGAUACGACUGGGUCCUGGUUGAUUGUGAACACGGCAACAUUGACGGAGCCCUUGAUGCCGGUGCCCACGGCGUCCUCGCACCACUAGUGCGAACAGUCGAAGAUGCCAAAUCUUUCGUUGAAGCAUCCCGCUUCCCACCACAAGGACGCCGAGGCUUCGGCUCCCCAUUCCCAAUGGACCGAUUCGGUCCGAACGUGACAGCCACUCAGUAUCUAAAGGAAGCAAACGAGAACAUUCUUCUUUCCGUCCAAAUUGAGACACGCGAGGCACUGGAGGCAGUUGAUGAGAUCGCAGCCAUUGACGGACUCGAUUUGUUGUUUGUCGGUCCUUUCGAUCUCGGCAACAACAUCGGGUACCCCGUUGAGGGUGCUUUUGCCCCGCAGCUUGAACAGGCUAUUCAGAAGAUUCUUACUUCGGCCCACGCGGCCGGUAAGAAGGCGGGUAUUUUCUGUAGCAGUGGUGCCCAGGCAAAGAAAUACGUGGAUGUUGGGUAUGAUUUCGUUAAUGUGAUUACUGAUGUGGGAGCUCUUUCCUCGUCUUUGUCUAAAGAGAUGGAGAUUUUCACGCAGAAAGCUGGCAAGACUGUUUCUGGGCCUUAUGGCAAUUAG